AUGGCCAACAAACCACAACGACCAGGCGGUCUCGAUCUGCGCUCCCACUCGUUCGAACCUCCCCAAUUCCCCAACUCGACUCUCGGCAGCAAUCCCAACGCCAGCAUGAGCAACCUGUCCCUCAUGUCCGACCUGCCCAGUCCGCGCACCGGCGAAGCACCUCCCGCACUCUCUCCUCUGGACGCUCUCGCCCUCCAGGGACGACUUCUCGCAAAGCGCUUCGAGCAGCAGGACAAGGCCGGUCGUCGCCUCAGUCGACUGGCGCCACUCACCAUCCAGAAUGAGUUCGGCAAUCGCUCCGGCUACUUUUCAUCCAUGUCCAGCUCGACUGUCAACUCUCCCAAUGAAGAGGCCGGCCCCGUCAGGUCACCUCAACCACAGCCGUCUCCCCGCCAGGAUGCUCAUGAGAGGCACAAGUCGUGCUACCCGCAGUUUGGCAACGAGGAGCCCGAGCCGCAAUUCGCCCUCGGCCCUCUCCAGAGUCCAAUGGCUACCAUUGUGGAAGCAAGCCCUGCCACCCCACCCCAGGGCUAUUUCGACAUACCCAGGUCGCACUCGCCCGAUUCAGUCGAGCCUCACUUUGGUCUCCGUGAAGCCACGCCCAUCAGUCCCCACGUGCCGCAACCCACUUCGCACAUGUUCCUCAGUCCACAGAGGAAGCCAUCAGUCGAGUCGCAGCAUCGCUCGCAGCCACGCUCUAACCUCCUCCCCCCGAGAUCAUCCAGCUCCAUACACUCCAAUCGCUCUCCACGACUGUCGCCGAGCAUGAGGUCUGUCACCGGAGACAGUUAUGGUGAUGUCGAGGACAUGUCGCUCAGCGGGUCGUAUGACUCGAUCCACCAGAACCGUAACUUGUCUCCUAGCUCUAGCGUAUCCAGGGCGCACUCUCCCUUUGCCCACCCUGGAGCAUCUGCAAUGGCACGAUCGCCGUCGGCCGCAUCCGACUACUCUCAAAACGGUUCCAUCCUCCCGCGCCCGUCCUACAACUUCUCACGACCCAUGAGCCGACAGAGCGCUCGCCCAUCAUUGGACGCAAGGUCGAACGGUGGGCCAUCGCGCCAACCAUCGCAGGAAAGUGUCAACAUGAGGCCUUCCUUUGACAGUCCACUCCGACGACAGGACUCGGGCGAUAGCCCUACUAACCAUUAUGCCAACGAUACUAUCCACACGCCAGUCAGCAUGGCGAGCGAGGACUUCCGCAGAUCAGGCGACUUCAACAGCAACCCGGCUCCCUCCUACACAUACACAAAGUUCAAUCUUCCUCGAGGCAGGCCCGUCGACCGACGAUCUGUUGGCGUUGAAGAUUUCUUCAAGAGGGAAAUCAAGUGGGACCAGGAAAACCAGCCCGGUAAGGCCCAGACGCGUCCGCCUUCGCCAGAAUCACCACCCCGUUCGUUUGAUCAAGCACGACUACAACGACCAAGUACAGACCAUGGAGCGCCCUCCCUCACUUCUAGCAAUAGUACUAUCCGCGCACGGACUGCCGGGUCUACUGCUGAAGUCACUGCCCAACAACACUGCGACAUGGGUCUUGAGCUUCAUGAGGCCGGCGAACUCCUCAAGUCUACCUACCACCUUCGUCUCGCAGCCCGAGCUGGCCUUCCGGAGGCCAUGUUCUGGUACGGUCUAGCUUGCCGACAUGGCUGGGGUAUGCGUGAGAACAAGGCCGAGGCAUUACAGUGGCUGCGACGCGCCGUCGACUCUGGCCAGCUUGAGGUUGCCGAUGACGAAGACCAAGACAAGCAAGGGCAACUGACCGACCUCAUGAAGAAGAAGAAGCACCGUGCCCAGUAUGCCGUGGCCAUCUAUGAGCUGGGCAAGUGCUAUGGAAACGGAUGGGGCGCUCCUACCGACAAGUCCCUUGCGCUUCGCUGCUACGAAAUUGCCGGUAACUGGGGCGAUGCUGAUGCUCUCGUUGAAGCUGGCUACUGCUAUGCUGAGGGAGUUGGUUGCAAAAAGAAUAUGAAGAAGGCUGCCAAGUUCUACCGUGCAGCCGAGGCCAAGGGUGUCAGCAUGGUCGGCAACAGCUGGAUCUACAAAGACAAAUACAUGGACGACGACUCCACCACCUCUGAUGCUCGCUCAGUCCGCUCUGGCCGUUCGGCAACCAAGGACCAUUCUGAGAAGAAGCCUCGCGACAAGAGCAGGACCCGUACCAUCUUCGGUCGCAAGAAGAGCUCUGCUUGA